UCCUCUUUUUUUUUGUUUCUUAGCACGCAUGUUUCGCUAGGAUUGUAAUGAUUUAUGAGCAAUUGGGUAGACUAGGAUUGGAGUUUUGGAUAUACACGCAUUUUUGGUAAUGAUGAUUUCUGAACAUGCCCGUGCAUUGAAAGAGAAUAUAUGUAAUAAUUUAUAUAGGGGCAUUGAAAGACAUGGUAAAUGAAUUUUUGGUAAUUAAUGUUUUUUUAGUUAAGUCGAUUUUGUUUAAAUGAUUUAUUCUCAUUGUUUGUUUCAUAUUCUGAAUUUCCAGUUUUUGGUAAUGAUUUAUCUCUCCCUAAAUGUUUUCUUUCCAGUUCUCUUUCCCGUCUCCCUCACUCUUGCCCUCUAUCCAGUACUCUCUACUCUCUCCACAGAAAAAGAGAAAGAAGAGUUUAUCAUAUGUUUUCUUUCUUCGUUGCGCUUCAUUGUACAAGGAGUUGCUGCUUUAUUGAAGAGAACGAAUUUGUCGGUGGAUUGGAGGAGGAGAAGGUUAGACGGUUCAUGGUUAUUGGCUCAAGGGGUAUCAUGUUCAUUGGUUAUGACUCAUGAACAUGUCGAUGUCGGAAAAGGACAAGGUUAUUCUGUACAUUAGUUAUUGCAGUAUUCUUCUUCAUUUGACUGUGGUUCUGUAACAUUGAACUUUUAUGUUUCCGAUGGGAAAGUAGGGGACGAAGUGAAGAGAAUUUGUUUUUGUUCAUUUUGACGCACCAUUGCUAAGAUCAAUUUGUAAACUUCUUAUGUCUCAGAUUAGUAUCAAGUUCAAUGUAUUGGUAUCUCUCUUUUCUCUUUC